CGAGAUACAAGAAAAAUGAAGAUUGCUAUCUGUUUAUUCGCCAGUCUGUUGAUAGCGUUCGUUGGAGUAAGCAUGGCCAACGAAGAACUGGCAGAGGAUAAUGAACUGGCUCACAAACUGGUUAAAAGAAGAAGUGUAAUACCAUGUGGGUUCAAUGGAGCUAAUUGCAAGAAUAGUCCGUGUUGUCCUGGCAAUACCUGCGUUUACGGAAUCUGCAAAUCUUGUAACUCAAGAAAAUGCAAAACUACUCGAGACUGCUGUAAUGAUUCUAGUUGCAUUUACGGCAAUUGCAAGUCAUGUAACCCACGAAAAUGCAAGAAUACCCGUGACUGCUGUGACGAUUCUAGUUGCGUUUACGGAAACUGCACGUCAUGUACAGCAAGAACUUGUAAAGGAAGCAACGACUGUUGUAAAGGGUAUAACUGUUCUUACAAGAAAUGCGUACGUUCCACCAAGAAGGAUUAAGUGUGUAUAUAUACACCGCCAUUUAUAACUUUUACAUUUGAUGUAAAACGAGUUUAAAA